AUGUCCGCCUGCCUGGAGCUCAUGGGCCAGGCAUCGAAGCUGGGACCCCGGGAUGCUGGCCGCUUGCUCCGUCAAGGAGAAGGCCUCGCGGAAGACGUGCGGGCGGCUGAAAGCCUCCUGCAGCGCGUGGUGGACUGGGACGGACACUUCAGCGAAGGCCACUUCGAUGCACACCUCGUCCAUGUGCAACGCGGUGUUGACCGGCGCUUAGACGGGCUGAGACAGCAGUAUCUCAACAUCGAGACCCAUCUCAGCGACAUUGCAAGCCUGGAGAAGCAGCGGCUUCUCGGUCACGGCAAGUCACCCCAGCGAGCCGUGGACACCGUCUUGUUUCAUUACUUCCCGCAGCUCGGCUUCCACGCUUCCCUUCCCAAUCCGAUUGCGUCCGGUGGAGAGGUGGAUGCCGAUGGUAUGGAGCUCUUGAAGCGCAAAGGAUGCAUUCCGCAGCCAGCGCCUGACUGGAGCUAUCAGUUCGCAGGAGGCAGCCGGCUUUUCUACAAAUGUGACAUGGCUCGGCGCCUGGACACCGAGAUUGGCGACUUGGUGGUGCAAGCCCGGGAUGCCGAGCUGGAGAUCCUGGCGGCGCUCCUGGAGCGGCUCCGCCGGCUGGAGGCGCGGCUGCGGAAGGCCGCGCAGCUCCUGGCGGAGGUGGAUGUGAUCCAGGCCUUCGGCUCGGCCUCGCUGCAGUACAAAUGGACACGGCCGAAGCUCAGCGCUUCGAAGCCUGGUCUCCUGCACAUCGUACGAGGACGGCACCCCUUGGUGGAGGCGAUGAGCUCUCACCACGGCUUCGUUCCGAACAGUACGCAGAUUGGCCUCGACUCCGAGGAAGUCGAAUACCGGGUGCAGGUCGUGACUGGUGCGAACUUGUCUGGAAAAUCCGUCUACUUGAAGCAGGUUGGCCUCAUUGCAUACAUGGCCCACAUCGGGUGUUAUGUCCCGGCAGAUGAGGCAGAGCUGGGCCUUUGUGACUUCAUUUUCUCUCGAAUACAGAGCUGCGAGGGCGCAACUGCCGGAUGCUCCACGUUUACUCUUGAUCUUUGCCAGCUAUCUCUGGCCUUGAAUCAUGCAACUGCAUCCUCGCUGGUCCUCAUGGAUGAAUUUGGAAAGGGAACGCGUGCGGCCGAUGGUGUGGCGCUUUUGGCUGCCACAGUGGAGUACUUCUGCCGCUGGAGCAAUGGCCCAAAGGUGGUAAUCACAACCCAUUUUACAGAAAUCUUUCGCAUGGGCCUAGUCUCGCAGAGUGAGCCAUUCCUGCGGGUGAGCCACUUGCGAGUAUUGCCUCCUGAUGAGGAUGCUGCAGUAACUGAAGACGGGCGCGAUGCAGCCACGGGUUCGGUUGCAUAUCUCUAUCAGAUCGCAGACGGUUGUUCAGAGAAGAGCUUUGGUUUGGAAUGCGCCGCUCAAGCUGGUAUGGACCCAUCGAUCUUGGAGAGGGCAGCCACAGUGCUUCGGAUGAUUGAGAGCGGCGAGGGCGGGAGGCUGGGACAAGAAACCCAAGAAGCUGAGGGAGAGGAGCUGACCGAUCAGCAGCUGGCGGUAUGCAAGAUGAUCGUCGAGCGCUUUCGUGUGCUUGAUACGGACGAUGAGACUGCAUCAGCAGCCUUUCUCGCCUUUGUUGCAUCGAAGGCAGAUGAGCUUCCCUUCGACGACCGGCAGUCAUGUCUUUUGGAUGAGGGCCGUGUCACGAUGCGCCGGGAGCGAUGCCUGGCUGCGACCGCUUUACUUGCGAUCGCCGCAGGCAUUUCUUCAGGUGCGGCGCAACCUGAGGAGGCUGUGAAAGUCUUCCAGCAAGUCAUCUCAGAUGCCGACACCGCUCAUUUCCAACGUCUUCUGCAGAAAGGCCAGAAAUCCUCUUGCUGUGGCUACUGGGCAGACCGGGCUGCGGUACGACUUCAGCAGUUCGUGGCUGGGCAGCUGGAGGUCAGUCGAAGGCACCUUGGUGACGUACACUUCGACAACAUCACGGCUGUCAGAGCCCUCCACGACGAGUCAAGCUGGAGUGGCGUUGCUGUCCUUUACUUGGAUGGCGAUGCUCAGGUUCAGCUGCAGCAUCAUGACCAUCAGCUAUUGGAAACCAUGGAUGUAACCGCAGGGAGCUUGAUACAGGUACCUGAGGGUGCGGUGCUCUUGCACACGAAGCCGCUCCAAGUAGCCUGGACCCGCAUCCGUGCCGUCGACUCGCCGGUGCGAGGCUUCUUUGAGUUCUACUUAGCGUCUUGGGUGCAGCGCAAUUUUGUGACGCCGUAUGACACGGCAUCGCAGCGCAAGUUUUUCCGAACACACACGCGACAUCCUCGGUAUUGGCAUGGGUUCAUCUGGAGCUUCGUUGGAACGUUCUGCACGGUUUUUGCUUGCUUACCUUUGGCUUGGUUUGGUGUUCAAAUGCUCGCGAACCUGCACGGCCGAGAUGAUCCCGUAGACGAAUGCCUCUCUCCAACUUUGCUCCCUCGAGUCGGUCGAGUUGGAAAAGGUUCCCGCUGUGGCGGGGCUUUGGGCUCCAAGGACCAUGUCAGGGCGACGUCCCCCUGGAGUCUCUCUAAGUGA